AUGAGAAGAGUGAUUGUUGUUGAUGGUACAUUCCUAAAAGGAAAGUAUAAGGGAACUUUGCUAGUAGCUAGUGCACAAGAUGGAGAUUUUCACUUAUAUCCGAUAGCAUUUGCAAUUGUUGAUUCAGAAAAUGAUAUUGCAUGGAAUUGGUUCUUUAGGUGUUUGCUCUCUAUCAUCCCUGAUGCACCGAAUUUGGUAUUCAUUUCUGACCGUGCUCAAUCCAUUGAAAAAGCAAUUUUAGAAUUGUAUCCAGCAUCCCAUCAUGGCAUUUGCAGAUUUCAUCUCCUAAACAACAUCAAAGUAAAGUUCAGGAGUAAAAGUUUCUUGCCUCUUUUCGAAGCAGCAGCUGAUGCUUAUACGUUUCAAGAAUUUGAAGUUGUUUUUAGGGAUAUACAGAAUUCUAAUCCAAAACUGGCCAAAUAUUUAGAAGAGGCUGAUUUGAAGAAGUGGGCCCGUUGUUCUGCACCAUCUAACCGCUACAAUAUUAUGACAACCAACAUUGUUGAGUCCUUGAAUUCCAUGAUAACCCUUACAACAUGCUUUUAUGAGCGACGGGAAAAAGCUUUCAAGCACAACAAGCGUGCUACACCAAAUGUUACAAAGGAGAUAGUAUUAAGGUUCAAUGAUGCAAUGAAACAAGAUGUUUUUCAAGUGGAUCAACAUGAGUUUGAGGUUAAAGACGAUAAGAAUAAGUUUGUUGUUCACCUAAAGAACAAGACUUGUACAUGCUGCGUCGUUGACAUUGAUAGAAUUCCUUGCAUUCACGCCAUUGAGGCUGCAAAGCGUACAAACAUGGAUGAAUACAAACUGGUUGAUCAUUUCUAUUUGACAGAUAUAUGGGCUAAAGCAUAUGCUGAGAACAUUCAUCCGAGUGGAGAUGUAAAGAGUUGGGUAUUUCCAGAUUCUUUAGCUAUAUUCUUCUGUGCACCACCACAAAUUAGGAUUAAGAGUGGGAGAUCGCCAAAAAAGAGAAAGAGAUCAGUUGGAGAGUUUGGUGUACCAUGUUCUAAAUCCCAAAGACAUAAGUGCAGCGGAUAUAGUAGAGAAAGACAUAAUAAAAGUACUUGUAGAUUUCCAAUAUAA